AUGUUGUUGAGGCGCAUUCAUCGAGUGCAUGAGCUAGUUUCGUCUAUUGUUCUUUGGAGAUCCAUUGGAAGUACAACUUCAAGACCAGUUUUGCCAGGUGGCUCGACUCUGCAUCGAAUAAAUGAAUACUUUACGCCUCUAGUAGAAUCGGAUCCAGAGUUUAAUAAGGUAGCAUUGGGAGCGAGUGUUUUAGCCAGGGGUCUGAUGAAGUUGGACUCUGAGAAGAUACUUGAUGCUAUCUGCUGGUUCAAUGCCGAUAUUUGCCCGGAUAAUCGUCCGAGUGCCUUUAGUUUUUUCCGUCGUGUUCGAGUCGACUCUGUAUAG